GUCUUGAAGAAGCUAGAGGAUUGCCUAGCGAAGAUUGAGACCAGCGAAGGGUUCAAGAAGAUGUUGGGCCUGCAGCCAUCUCAGUAUUUGGCAUCGUUGAAUGAGAGGCAAACUGCUGACCUUAUUUAUCGUGACAAUGCCCGGAUUAAGCACUCCCAGAGCAAGCGCCUGGAAUUGGAAAUCUCUGAUAAAUCUGAGCUAGUUCCAGCUCCGGUUUCUAUUGUUCAGCCUGCUCAUGAUCUAUCGCCAUUGAGCAAAGCUCUGAUUGAUCAUCUCCGGCGUGCUUCAGCAACCCCAGUGAACGGCAAGAAAAUUCUUUUUGGAGGAAAGAAGAGCUGGCUUGGAGACAUGUUGUCCAUGCUUCAGUCAUCCUUUGCGCAACCACCGCCCAGUCGGAAGCAGCUGGGUGCUCCUGCUCCUGAUGAUCCUGAUGGCAGCCGUGAACUUGGUAUCCAAGAGUUUUUGACAUCAGUGCAAGAUGAACCUUCAGUGUCACCAAUGGACAUUGGCGUUUCCAGUGUUGUUCCUUUUGAGAGAAGGAUCACCAAUCGGCCUGAUGAAUUGGGUGGUGGCAGUCUUCAAUACCUACUUGAGAAGGAUCUUAUUUUGCAAGCAGUGCAAGGCAAAUACCACUUGACCAACAAUGGUGCUGCUUUGAUCAAAGUGGGCCACAAAUGCUCUAGACUCGGCCCAAUCACAUCAUGGAUUCGUGAGGUUGGUGCCAUCAGUGAUUUGUCAACCUUUGAAAUGUUUCUUUUGCUCUUGCAGAAGGGGUGGGUUCUUGUGGAUGCGGAGACGAAGACCAAAUGCCAACCAUUCCGGAUGAAUGCAGAGAAAAACUUCUACAUCACUGGUGGGGCAAUGGGAAGAUCAUAUUUCAUAGUCCUGUUGAGGCACGAGGAACUGCUGGGAGAGCAUUUGCCAAAAAUCUUUCACAUGCAGCCUGUGGCUUACUAUGAUGCCAUUCUUGCCUGUGCUGCUGCUGGACAACGAAGCUUGUUGUCCCGAAUA